UGCCAGUAAAAAUCUCAAAUUUGACUUCACUCAAGUAUGUCUCUAUCGAAGAUAACUACUUAUCAGGAAAAAUUCCAUCAGUUAUUGGAAACUUGACUUUUCUCGAGGAAUUUGAACUUUCUGAUAAUAACUUAACAGGCCAAAUUCCUCCCUCAUUAUGCAAUCUGAGUUCCCUUAAGGUUCUCUUCUUAUACAAGAAUAGUUUGGAUGGAGAAAUUCCUGAUUGCAUUGGAAACAUGAGUUCUCUUUCACACAUUGACCUAGAGAAGAAUAAUUUUCAUGGUAAUAUACCAGAAAAUUUUGGUAAGAGUUGCACCUUACACAGUUUUCGAAUCAGCGACAACCAAAUAGAAGGGUCACUGCCACGAUCUUUGGGUAAUUGCAAAGAGUUGAAGCUUCUCGACGUUGGAAACAACUAUUUGAAUGACACAUUCCCAAAUUGGUUAGGAAAUUUGGAUCAACUGCAAGUGCUUAUCUUGAGAUCGAACAGAUUCUAUGGUGAAGUGGUUAGCUCAGGAGUUACAGUUUCCUUCACUCGUUUACGUCUCAUUGAUAUUUCUCAUAACAAUUUCAGUGGCUAUUUACCUAUGAAAUAUUUUGAAAAUUUGCAUGCCAUUAAAGAAGGGAAUGGAAAAAAAGAUAAACCAGAGUACAUGACAGAUGGAUCAGCAUUGGGAGUGUGGAAUUAUGCCAUCAACAUAUCUUUUAUAAUAAAAGGGUUGGAAACAGAGUUUGAGGAACUGCUAACUAUAUGGACAGUUAUUGAUUUUUCCAGCAAUCAGUUCUACGGAGAAAUUCCUAAAACACUUGGAGAGCUUCACUCACUUAUUGUCUUGAAUCUCUCUCAUAAUUGUUUAACAGGUCAUAUUCCAUCAUCAUUAGGUGAUUUAUCAGAGCUUGAAUCAUUAGAUCUCUCAUCAAACAAGCUCCAUGGAAGAAUUCCAACAGAGUUGAAAAAUCUUGGGUUCUUAGCAGUGUUGAACCUUUCUCAGAAUAAUCUUGUGGGGCUCAUUCCUCAAGGCAAACAAUUCGAUACUUUCACAAAUGAUUCCUACAUAGGAAACCUGGGUUUAUGUGGAUUGCCAUUAUCAAAAAGUUGUGAUAAUGAGAAGGGAACUCCAGCCAAAUUUGAUAGAGAUGAUGAUGAUGGAAUGAACUGGAAAUUUUCAAUAUUGAUGGGGUAUGGAUGUGGGUUGGUGCUGGGACUGAGUACGGGAUACAUUGUCUUCGCAACUGGAAGACCACGGUGGUUCAUUAGGACCUACGAGAGAGUUCGACAAAGAUUUGCAAAAAGGGUAAAAAAGAGAAGUCGUUGACCGAUUUUUGUUGCAAAACAAGCAGUGGACUGGACAGAGCAGAAAACUUCAAGGCAUGGUGGUCGGAAGCAAUGACCGAUCCAGAAAUUCGAAAAU